CUAUUUUCGACAAAAACAUAGCGGAAAUUUGGAAUGCCAAGUACGGGCCUCGACUGUCUUGAGCUCCAAAUUCUUGUUCGGCUUCUCCGUCGAAAUUUCAGAGUAUCACAAGACCCUACCAAAUUAGCGAGGGUUUAUCUGCUCCUGACUGAUCUUUGCUGUAUUAUCUUAUUAGGUAUUAGGGAUACAAUACAGUUAUUCUUUCGAUUAGUUUUUUUUCCCAUUCCUCCUCUUACUGUCAAGGGAAACGCAAAAGAUCCGAUGAAUCUCUCAGUGACUAGGGUUCUGUUGAUUUGUUUGCUAUUGUUCGUUUGUUUGGAUUUCGCUCAUGGCGACGACUCCUCAGAGAAUAAGUUCCGGAAGCGGGAGGCCACUGACGAUUCCCUCGGUUACCCCGAUUUAGAUGAGGAUGCGUUGUUGAAUACGCAAUGCCCCAGGAAUCUGGAGCUUAGAUGGCAAACGGAAGUUAGUUCUAGCAUUUAUGCGACUCCAUUGAUCGCAGAUAUCAACAGUGAUGGGAAACUUGAUGUAGUGGUGCCCUCCUUUGUUCACUACCUUGAAGUUCUUGAAGGUUCUGAUGGAGAUAAAAUGCCAGGUUGGCCCGCCUUUCACCAAUCAACAGUACAUGCAAGUCCUCUCUUGUAUGAUAUUGACAAGGAUGGCGUGAGAGAAAUUGCUUUGGCUACCUACAACGGGGAAGUGUUCUUUUUCAGGGUAUCUGGCUACAUAAUGACAGAAAAAUUGGUGGUACCCCGUCUGAAGGUUCGUAAAGAUUGGCACGUGGGUUUGCAUCCUGACCCAGUGGACCGUUCUCAUCCGGAUGUUGAUGAUGACCAACUCAUUUUGGAGGCUGCUGAAAUGAAAUCAAAGACUCAUACAAAUGGAAAUACAACGGAACGAAACAUAUCAGGUUCUACAUCUAUGGAAAGUCACAAUGGUAUUGGGAAUGUAGCAAAUGGAAAUACACCUGAGGGAAACACUUCAGGUUCUACAUCUACAAAAACUCACAUUGGUAUGGGGAAUAUGUCCAAUCCAACAAAUGUGUCGAAUCCGGAGAAUGUAUCCAAUCUAGCAGAUGAAAAGAAAGUGAAUGAAAGUCAAAAGGGAACAAACAUUAAGCUGUCUACUGGUGUGGAUGAUUCUCCUGCAAAUGCGGGAUCAUCCGGAUCAAAUAAAUCUGAGAUCUUGACAGGUACGGGGAGAAGGCUACUAGAAGAUAACAAUUCAAAAGGGUCGGAGGAAGGUGCUUCUGAAUCCAAAGAUAAUGAUAAAACUAAUAGUAAUGAGGAUAUCCGUGCAGCAACUGUUGAAAAUGAUGAGGGAUUGGAAGCAGAUGCAGAUUCAUCUUUUGAGUUAUUGCGUGAUAACGAUGAGCUUGGUGAUGAGUAUAGUUAUGAUUAUGAUGAUUAUGUGGAUGAAUCCAUGUGGGGAGAUGAGGAGUGGACUGAAGGUCAACAUGAGCAACUGAAAGAUUAUGUUAAUAUUGACUCACAUAUUUUAUGCACUCCUGUUAUAGCAGACAUUGAUAAUGAUGGGGUAUCAGAAAUGGUUGUUGCAGUCUCGCACUUCUUUGAUCACGAGUAUUAUGACAACCCAGAUCAUAUGAAGGAGCUGGGUGAUAUUGAUAUUGGUAAAUAUGUUGCUGGUGCUAUUGUUGUUUUCAAUCUUGAUACAAAGCAAGUUAAGUGGUCUACACAACUAGAUCUCAGCACAGAUACUGCAAAGUUCCGUGCGUACAUAAAUUCUUCUCCAACUGUUGUUGAUUUGGAUGGUGAUGGAAAUUUGGACAUUCUUGUUGGAACUUCGUUUGGCUUGUUCUAUGUUUUGGAUCAUCACGGAAAAAUCAGAGAGAAGUUCCCUCUUGAAAUGGCUGAAAUUCAAGGUGCGGUAGUUGCAGCUGAUGUUAAUGAUGAUGGCAAAAUUGAACUGGUGACUACUGAUACACAUGGGAAUGUUGCUGCAUGGACUGCACAAGGAAAGGAAAUUUGGGAAGCUCAUGUUAAAAGUCUUGUUUCCCAGGGUCCAACCAUAGGUGAUGUUGAUGGGGAUGGGCGUACUGAUGUUGUGGUUCCAACACUGUCUGGGAAUAUAUAUGUUCUUAGUGGCAGAGAUGGUAAACCUGUUGGUCCUUACCCAUAUAGGACUCAUGGGAGAGUGAUGAAUCAAGUUCAACUUGUUGAUUUAAGCAAACGUGGGGAAAAAAGCAAGGGACUCACUCUUGUUACAACAUCUUUUGAUGGUUACCUAUACCUAAUAGAUGGACCUACAGCAUGUGCCGAUGUGGUCGAUAUUGGUGAAACUUCAUAUAGCAUGGUCUUGGCGGACAACAUUGAUGGUGGGGAUGAUCUCGAUCUAAUUGUUACAACAAUGAAUGGGAAUGUCUUUUGCUUCUCAACUCCUGCUCCACAUCAUCCCCUCAAGGCAUGGAGAUCAAGCAAUCAAGGAAGAAAUAAUCUAGCCAACAGGUACAAUCGUGAAGGAGUCUACGUAACAUCUCCAUCAAGAAAUUACCGUGACGAGGAAGGCAAGAACUUCUGGGUGGAGAUUGAGAUUGUAGAUAAAUACAGAUUCCCUUCUGGCUCACAAGCACCUUAUAAUGUUACUGUAUGGAACUCUGCAGAUAACUUUGUUAGUGCCCGGAAAUUACCAAGGAGAAAGAAGGAUAACACAAAACCAGAUUUUUCGCCAUCCCGGGAAAUUCCAAAUUAAGCUACCAACCGUUGGAGUCAGGACCACUGGGACUGUUGUAGUCGAGAUGGUGGACAAGAAUGGACUCUAUUUCUCAGAUGAGUUUUCCCUGACAUUCCAUAUGUACUACUAUAAACUAUUGAAGUGGCUCAUUGUCCUCCCGAUGCUUGCCAUGUUUGGUGUGCUUGUCAUCCUUCGUCCACAGGAAGCCAUGCCUUUACCAUCAUUUUCUCGCAACACUGACCUUUGAUCACAACGUUUCAUGACAUGCUACAUAUACUUUAGAUUGAACACACAGCAGUUGAUAUUUUGCCUGGCCAAGAACUCUCGGCGCUACUGAAGACUUCAAAUUGAAACAGAACAUCUACCAUUUAAAAGGGGUUUGGCAUGGCAGAAUUUACUAAUUUAGAGUUCAAGAAGAUAUAAGGUCCGAACUUGUAACAUAGACGAAUGAGUAGUUAUACUGGAUUGGAUUUUGGAUUCCCAAACCAUUUGUAGCUUUGAUUGUAAUUUUGUGAGGCAUCUUGAGGGAAAUAGAUAGUUAUCUACAAAGGGAAAUCCAAGUAAUUUCUCUUCAUGCCCCAAGCAAGAAAAAGAAUCCUUCUUUUUGUUUCUAUGGUGAAGAUAGAAUAUGCCCCUUGAUCUGAGCUUGAGUUGAGCAUGUAUUGUGAACAUUCAUGUCAUAUGGAAUGGAACAUUUUUAGAGAAUAAAUUAAAUCGGCUUUUGAAUUUUUACA